AUGCAUUGCCAGGGUAAGUUAGAAUAAUCACGACAUCAAAGAUACAUCCGUUCAAGAUUCCAUAAAGCCAAUCAAUUUGCACAGCGCUCCUAGGGUUCCCAGACUUUGGGACGCCUACGAAACUGUAACCUGUGUAACACCUACUGAUUUAAAAUGCCAUAAGCUUUGUAUGCACUUGGAUUCGGGUCAUAUUCAGUGUUUCUGCGAAGAUGGCUACCAGCUGAUUGACUUUAAAACAUGCAGGGGUAACUAGGUAGACCCGAUAGGGGUAUCCUUUGUUUUCAACACAACGCAAUCUUUGAAAAAUUGUUUAAUCAGUUCUAGUGAUAGAUUCAUAAACGUUUAGUUAUCUAGUUCUGGAUUUGAAAUGAUUGCGCCAUACUUUCAGACAUCAACGAAUGCAACAACAACAAUGGAGAGUGUGAUCAAAUUUGCGUCAACCUGGCAGGCUCCUAUGAAUGCCAGUGCAAGCCAGGAUUUAAACUAUCGCCGGACGGAAGAACUUGCGAAGGUCUGGUUUAAAAAAAUGGAGAAUACAUUGUUUUGCGUUCAGAUGUCAGUGAAUGCUCUACGAACAAUGGAGGAUGCGAGCAAAUUUGCAAAAACGAACAGGGAGGAUACAUGUGUUCAUGUGAGCCUGGCUUCGAGCUGUCAGAAGACAGACACAGCUGUCACGACAUUAAUGAGUGUCUGGUGAACAACGGAGGAUGCUCUCAGUUGUGUAAGAACAAAAAGGGCUCUCGAAAAUGCCAGUGCUUUGCGGGAUACGUCUUAGCACAUGACGAAAAGUCUUGCAUUGGUUAGUUGUAGCCUAUGUGAACUAUUUAACCUUAAUUGUGACUAAGCUUUUCAGCAGCACCAGAAAAUGUGGAAGUUUUGAGAAACGGUGAGCUAUUUUCUUUUUCUUAGUGAUGUGUUUUGUGGCUUCUUGUUGCUUUCUUAGUUUUGACGCGUUUUUAGAUAUCUAUGACUACGCUAAACAGUUUGAUGUUGUUUCGGAAAACGGCUUAGAAGAUCAAUCUAUAGAUGAUGUCAUUUCUUCUAUCGAGAAUUAUCCAGCUGAUGAGAGAUAUGGUGCUAAGCUCUUAGUUUUUGGAAGAAGGAGGCAUGCCACAGGUUUGAAGCUUCUCGGCAGUCUUGGUCAGAGUUUUCGCAAACUUUACGCAAUUUCUACUAGAACUUUUCGCUUAUGCAAUUUUAGCGCAAACGUUAGGUAGUUUUUGCGCAGACUUUGAGGGUCCCCACAAUUUUAGCGCAAACUUUAAGCAAUGUUUGCGAAAAGUUCGAGUAGAAUUGCGGAAAGUUUGCGCAAAUUCUCACCAACACUGCCGAGUUAUCUGAGCAUUGUUUUGUUCGCCAUGGUGUGAGAAUCUCUAAUGAAAGUAGCAGCAGUGUCUCAUUUCAGAUUGUCCGAAUGACCAUUUCGGAACGUCGUGUCAGCUGACAUGCUCAGAUUGUCAGAAUGGUGGAAAGUGCUCGAUGCGGGGGGCAGGAUUACUUUCCAAAUGCGACUGCCCGGCUGGAUUUUCCGGAGAGCGAUGCGAAUUAAUCUGUCCGGAAGGAUUCUGGGGAAUUGACUGUACUCACAAGUGUUCCUGCAAGUUGUGUGACCCAACAACAGGCUCAUGCCGAUGUGAAGACCCGGAAAAGUGUUCGGACGGACCAUGUCCUGAUGGUUUGUUAAGCUUGAUCUUGCUAUCUAAUGAAACAAUUUCAGGUUUUUACGGAUCACAGUGUAACCUAAAAUGUCGAAUGGAGUGUCCAAAUGGAAAAUGUGAUCCAGUUUUUGGAUACUGUACAUGUCCCGAUGGACUUUAUGGACAAGAUUGCGAUAAGAAAUGUCCAAACUUUACGUUUGGAAAGAACUGUCGCUUCCCAUGCAAAUGUGCCAGAGAGCAUGCAGAUGGCUGUGAUACCAUUGUACGUUUUUUUUUUUGUGGAGAUAACUAGUAAUAUAACAGACUGGAAAAUGUCGCUGCAAACCCGGAUACUAUGGACACCACUGUAAAAGAAUGUGCUCACCAGGCCUUUUUGGUGUAGGAUGCGCUCGAAAGUGCUCCUGCCCGCCCGGCAUUCGAUGUGAUCCCAUAAACGGCUAUUGCACUAAGAAAUGCCCAGCGGGUUAUAAAGGAGAUCUUUGCGAUCAACGUAAGUGUUGUGAUUACUAAUGCAGAACAGCUUGCGGAGUCGGAUCUUUGCUUGUGAAAAGACACUGAUUCCAGUCACUUUCUAGAUGUAGGAGCACAAAUCCAUUUCAGCUUGUCCUGCCGGAUUCUACGGCUAUGAUUGCGAGCAUCAGUGCAAAUGUCCGGACAUGGAGCCACACCGACCAAAGAUUUGUCAUCAUGUGACUGGAACUUGCACUUGUCUGCCUGGGAAGACAGGCCCAUUAUGUGAUCAAUGUUUGUGCAUUCUGUUGUAGAGCAGCGCUCAACAAAGUUUUCUACAUUUUUCUACAACAAUUAGGAUAUUACAGCGUGCCCUCCGAACACGUAUGGCCCAAACUGUGCUUACACUUGCUCAUGUAUUAACGGAGCUCGAUGUGAUGAGAAUGACGGCUCAUGCCACUGUACUCCGGGAUUCUAUGGCGCCUCAUGCAGUGAAGGUUCAGAACGACAAUAAUAUUUGCUUACAACUAGGAACACAGAGCAGGCGCCUGUUUUUUCAGGCGCUUCUUUUUCAACGCAAAAAUGGAGUCGCCUGUUGAAAAAACAGGCGCCUGAAAAACUAAAAUCGCCUGUUUUGCAUCCCUACUUUCAACGAAUUUUUCUCAGUUUGUCCAACUGGCCGAUUCGGUGUAGACUGUAUGCAACUCUGCAAAUGCCAAAACGGAGCGAUUUGUGAUCCUAAAGACGGAAACUGCGAAUGUGCUCCUGGCUGGAGCGGCAAGAAGUGCGAGAAAGCUUGUGCUCCGGGCACUUUUGGGAAAGACUGCUCUAGAAAAUGUGACUGUGCUGCUGGAAUGCACUGUGAUCCUUCUGACGGAGAAUGUAUCUGUCCUCCCGGAAAAAAAGGCCACAGAUGUGAAGAUGUCUGCGAGAACGGAUUUUUUGGUGCUGGCUGCAAAGGGCUAUGCUCGUGCCAGAAUGGAGGCUCAUGUGAAUCUGUGACCGGAUACUGCAAGUGUAAACCGGGAUGGAGAGGAAGGAAGUGUGAUCGGCCAUGCCCAGACGGACGUUUUGGAGAAGGUUGCAACGCAAUUUGCGACUGCACAACAUCAAGUAAGUUCUAAGAUUCGUUUCAACAAAACAACGUAAUUUAAGAUGAUACCACGUUCUAUAAUCCGUUUGUUGCGAGAUGUGAUCAUGUAACGGGCGAGUGUCGAUGCCCUGCCGGUUGGACGGGGCCAGACUGUCAGACUCCAUGUCCGAUGGGUAGAUACGGGGAGGGAUGUCGACAUUCCUGUAAAUGCUCAAAUGAAGCAUCCUGCGAUCGAGUGACUGGGUUCUGCGAUUGUCCAUCUGGCUUCAUGGGAAAGAAAUGUGAAACAGAAUGCCCAGCUGGACUUUGGGGAUCUAACUGUAUGAAACACUGCCUUUGUAUGCAUGGCGGAGAAUGCAACAAGGAGACCGGAGAGUGCGAGUGCAUCGAUGGCUGGACAGGCCCAUCCUGCGAAUUCUGUAAGUUGCUCGUAGAAAAAUUACAGGAAAACCCCGUUUACAGUGUGUCCGUUUGGCCAGUUUGGGAGAAAAUGUGCUCACAAAUGCAACUGCAAAAAUGGGGCAAGUUGCGAUAGAAAAACGGGAAAAUGCGAGUGCCUACCGGGAUGGAGCGGAGAAAGUUGUGAGAAGCCAUGUUCCAGUGGUCAUUGGGGUCCCAAGUGUGAAGAAACCUGCGAGUGCGAGAAUGGAGCAAUUUGCGAUGCAAUCAGUGGUUAUUGUUCCUGCCAGUCUGGGUGGAGAGGCAAAAAAUGCAAUAGACGUAUGUUUUAAAUAAAUGUUUAGCUUGAUAUCAGCUUGAGUUUCAGCUUGUCUCAAGGGCUAUUACGGAAAGCAUUGCUCACAAAGCUGUCGAUGUGCUAAUAGCAAGUCUUGUGAUCACAUCUCCGGGAGAUGCCAGUGUCCGAAGGGAUAUGCAGGUCAUUCCUGUACUGAACUUUGUCCAGAUGGAACCUUCGGAGAGAACUGCUCAAAUAAGUGUGAUUGUGGAGAAAACUCACUUUGUGACGCCAUUUCUGGCAAAUGUUUCUGCAAGCCUGGGCACAGUGGUCCCGACUGUAAGAGUGGCUGCGUACAGGGAAGAUUCGGCACAGACUGUAGUGAGCUGUGCACAUGUGAGAAUGGAGGUGUAUGCGAUUCAUCGUCAGGAACAUGCGUCUGCCCACCCGGGUACAUUGGUACGAAGUGUGAGACUGCUUGCCACGUGAAUCGAUACGGACCCACGUGAGUUUUAAAACUGAGAUUUUUUUAGUCUUUUCUUUCAGAUGUGAAAAAAUUUGCAUAUGUGAGAAUGGAGGAACAUGUGACCGAUUGACGGGGCAGUGCAGAUGCUUACCUGGAUUCACUGGAAUGACUUGUAAUCAAGUUUGCCCGGAUGGAAAGUACGGUGCGGGAUGUAAAGAAAAGUGCCGUUGUGCAAACGGCCACUGCAACCCAGCCACUGGAGAGUGCAAGUGCAAUCUCGGAUUCACUGGACCUAGCUGUGAGCAGUCGUGCCCAUCUGGAAAAUAUGGUCUGAACUGUACUCUGGAUUGUGAAUGCCACGGACAAGCAAGAUGUGAUCCCGUACAAGGCUGUUGCGAUUGUCCUCCUGGACGCUAUGGAAGUCGAUGUCAAUUUGCUUGUCCUAAUGGUUUCUACGGAUGGUACUGCUCGCAGUCGUGCUCUUGUCAGAACGGAGCACACUGUGACGGAGCCGACGGCCGUUGCUUGUGCCCUGCUGGCUUCCAAGGGGACAAGUGUGAACAGCGAUGUUCGGAGCAUACGUACGGACCUGCUUGCAGUCAGAAGUGCAAUUGUGGACAAUUCAAGUGUGAUCCAGUAGACGGAAAAUGCAUCUGUCCAGUUGGUAGGCACGGUACUCUCUGUGAAGAAGAGUGUAGAGCCGGAAGAUACGGAGAAUCAUGUGAUCACAAAUGUCAGUGCUUCAAUGGAGCAUCUUGUGAUCCAAAGACGUGAGUUCAAAGCUUAUAAAUAGGGAUGCAGAACAGGCGCCUGUUUUUCAGGCACCUGUUUUUUCAGGCGCCUGUUUUUCAACGCAAAAACGCCUGUUUUCGCAGGCGGCUAAAAUCGCCUGUUUUGCAUCCCUACUUAUAAACGAAUAAAAACAAUUAUUUUUUCAGUGGGCAAUGCAGUUGUUCUCCUGGGUGGCUUGGUCCUACGUGCCAAGUCGAAAUGCUAGAUCCCAACAACGUAGCAAACCGAGGAGACCUUCCGGAAGACUGGGAAUGGAGGAUGAAGAGAAGAUAG